AUGUCGCUGCUAGGGAAUAAAGUCGAAAUAAUUGGUUACCUUGAUAAGAAGUUAAUAUUGGUCAAGGUGUAUCAGACGAAUGCAGUUUUAGCUGUUGAUCAGCAUGCUGCUCACGAGCGUAUCCUUCUGGAGCAUUUCCUAAAGGCAUGGAAACACGAAAAUAUAUUCGAUGCCACCGUGCCUCAUUUUGGAUUCUCAAUUAGACAAAACGUCGCUGUUAAGUUACAUUUGAGUGUAUCAGAUCGGAUUAUGAAGAGACUAUUCAGAGAUUUGAAGCAUUUCGGUAUAGAAGUAGAGAUGACUAAUCCUUCGGAGAAUAUGGUGCAAGUUACAUCAUUCCCCGUUGAUAUUUGCCAUUCUUGGACCUUACCAGGCGCUUUCAUAUCACUUCUUUCGGAUUUUUUCUCAAGCAGAGUCAAAUUUCUACUUGGAGAGGUAUCAAAUCAGGGAGAAGGUCUGAUGUAUUUGGAUGCGGCUGUAAUACUCUUAUUGCAAACAAAAGCCUGCAAGUCGGCUAUUCAAUUUGGUGACCAAAUGGAAGUAAAAGAACAAUACGAGUUAUUGGACCAGUUAUUUAAUUGUUCACAACCAUUUCACUGCGCACAUGGGCGACCCUCCAUGGCUACCCUCUUGAAAACAUCAACUGGAUUUUGA